UUUUUUUUAUUAUUAAUUUAAAGAAAAAAGUUGGACUUAACUCAGCCUGACGGGGAAUUACAACAUAUUGUGAUAAGUGUGCACAAGUGAAACCAUGACUGCCGACAAGGAGAAGAAGAGGAGCAGCUCGGAGCGCCGUAAGGAGAAGUCUCGAGAUGCGGCUCGUUGCAGACGCAGCAAAGAGACGGAGGUUUUCUACGAGCUGGCUCAUCAGCUGCCUUUACCUUACAGCGUCAGCUCUCACCUGGACAAGGCCUCCAUCAUGAGGCUCGCCAUCAGCUUCCUGCGCUUACGCAAGAUACUCGCCACAGGCACCAACAACAACAGCAGCAGCAGCAGCAGCAGCAGCGACGUCGACGAGGAAGAACAGAUGGACAGUCUGUACCUGAAGUCUCUGGAGGGCUUCAUCACCGUGGUAACGUCUGACGGCGACAUGAUCUUCCUGUCCGAGAACAUCAACAAAUUCAUGGGGCUCACGCAGGUGGAGCUCACCGGUCACAGCAUCUUCGAUUUCACUCAUCCAUGUGACCACGAAGAGAUCCGAGAAAACCUCAGCCUGAAAGCAACUGGCAGCGGUUUUGGUAAAAAGGGCAAAGAGAUGAGCACCGAGCGAGACUUCUUCAUGAGGAUGAAAUGCACGGUGACCAACAGGGGGCGCACCGUCAACCUCAAGUCAGCCAGCUGGAAGGUGCUGCACUGCACCGGACACCUGAAGAUGUACAACAGCUGCCCUCCGCGAGUGCUGUGCAGCUUCAAAGAGCCCCCGCUCACCUGCGCUGUCCUGAUGUGCGAACCCAUCCCACACCCGUCCAACAUCGACACGCCGCUGGACAGCAAGACCUUCCUGAGCAGACACAGCAUGGACAUGAAGUUCACCUACUGCGACGAGAGGGUAACAGAGUUGAUGGGUUACACUCCAGAUGAUCUGCUGGGCCGUUCAGUCUACGACUUUUACCACGCCUUGGACUCGGACAGCGUCACCAAGAGCCACCACAACCUGUGCACCAAGGGCCAGGCAGUGAGCGGUCAGUAUCGCAUGCUGGCUAAGGACGGAGGCUACGUCUGGGUAGAAACCCAGGGAACUGUGAUUUAUAACAGCCGCAACUCUCAGCCUCAGUGCAUCGUGUGCAUAAACUAUGUCCUCAGCGACGUUGAAGAGAAGUCGAUGAUCUUGUCCUUGGAGCAGACAGAGUCCCUCUUCAAGCCACGCCACAUGAGCACUUUCUUCACCGCUGGAGGAGCCGGUGUGACCGGAGAGCCGGGAGAGACCCUCUUCACCAAACUCAAAGAGGAACCGGAGGACCUCGCCCAGCUGGCGCCGACACCCGGAGACACAAUCGUCGCCCUCGACUUCGGUCGUUCUCAUUUCGAGGAGCCUCAGCAGCCGACAGCAUACAACCAAGUGUCUGCUGCCUCUAUGCCUCCUCCAGGACCGCCGGGACCUCCGGCCUGGACCAGCGAAAGCCACAAGCCUGUCCCUCCGGCAUCGGGCCAAACCGUGGCUCCGGUUCCAGGAGACAUGGCUAACAUGGCCAGCACCUUCACCGUGCAGCAGAAUCCGCCACCGCCGAGCAGCGCCACUCCGAGCCUGAGCAGCUGCUCCACGCCCAGCAGCCCAGGUGAUUACUACAGCUCAGUGGAGAGUGACCUGAAGGUGGAGCUGACUGAGAAGCUGUUUGCUCUCGACACGGAGGGCGAUGGCAGUCCUGAAGACACUGAGAGGGACUUAAGUGACUUGGACUUGGACACUCUGGCUCCUUACAUCCCGAUGGACGGAGAAGACUUCCAGCUGAAUCCCAUCAUCACAGAGUCGGAGCCCCUGGAAGGAGGUCUGGCCCGAUCCAUGGGGAGCAACGGCAACCUCGCCAAAACAAACCCGGCCACCCAAAACAGCUUCAGUAACAUCGCCAGCCUCUUCCAGCCGCUGUCUUCUCCUCCUCAGCAUCAAGGCCACUACCAGCCUCAGCCGGCUUGGUCCGCACGGGAGAAGAGAGGCUCCGGUCAGGGAGCUCUGGAAACCCGAAUGGGGUCUUACAUGAUGGGUCACAUGCAGAAUCCCCCCUACGAGGCUCCGGCCAGCACUCCUCUGUCCUCCAUGGGCGGCAGGCAGAAUCUACAGUGGCCACCAGAUCCUCUGUUAACCUACCAGCAACAAGUACGCAUGGCCAAGCCCUACCUGAUGGACAAUGUGUCAGAAGAGGAGAGACCCUCCUGCCAACAGAACAUGCCACAUGUCAUGCAGAAACAGAGGUCCAUGGACAACUUUGUUCAAGCCUACAGAGACAUGAGUCCAGCCAGAGUGGGCAUGGCCAACAGCAUCAAGCGCUCCUUCACUCAGAUGGCUCUGGGUGAAACUAAGCAGCCAGAGAUCAUGUGGAAGAAGAUGAGAGGUGACAGUUGUGCCGCCAUGGAUCGCUCCCUCAGCACAGGAUCACUGACAGAGUCAGGGAUGGGCAGGAUGAUGCCAGGCAGCGUGCCUCUAUGUCUCAGCUCUCUGCAUCAACACAGGAAGUCUCAGUUUCCAGGAAACGGGUUAGAGGAGAAAACCUUUUCCCAUAAGAGCUGCAACUACUCAGAUUAUAGCAUGAUGCCUUAUAACAAGACCGGAGGUAUAGCGAGUCGUCUGCUUGGCCCUUCAUUCGAGCGUUCCUGUCUGCCGGAGUUGACCCGUUACGACUGCGAGGUCAACGUGCCGCUGCAGGGAAACCUCCACCUCCUCCAGGGCUGUGACCUUCUGAGAGCCCUGGACCAAGCCUCCUAGAGAGCCCCACAUUCAAACCCCCCAAUCCCCAAUACAGACCCGGACUUAAUCCCUGCCCUAAACCUCAACCUCAACCUCAACCUCAACCAACAAAGCCAAGACCUUUUUAGGGCCUUUUAUCUUUACUCUGUACCUCUGGGCUUUCUGGAAGUCUUGAGGCUAAGCUACCUAUAAGGAAUGGUAUUAAAAAAAACCAAGUCCUGCCUUAUUUAGCCACCCCCCCGUUCUGCACCUAAACAAGCUGAAAUAUCAGGGUAAAGCCACUUGUACCCCCGCCCCCCUCCUCCCCUCC